AUGGCCGACGCGCCCGACUUCUUCAGCGGCCGCGGGCUGCAGUUCACGGACGACGUCUUCAAGUCUGUUGAGUCGUACAUUGAAGACGGCGCGCAGCAGCUCGAGCGCAAGCUCGUGCAGUCUAAGGGCACAGUGGUCACGAACGCCGAGGCACAGGCCAUCCACAACGGAACGAGCGAGUACAUGCAGCUCGUGAGCCGGUCGUUCACCAAGAACUUUGACAAGUUUGAGCUCUACAUCCUCCGCAAUGUGUUUGUGGCGCCGGCCAACAUCGCCGAGAUCCAGCAAAAGUACCAGCACGAGAUCGACGCGAGCUUCACGGACGCCGCGCAUUGGAGCGAAGCCGACGUCAGCGCACUCGAGCUCGAGCUGCACCAGCUCCGCCAGCAGAUUCAAACCGCGACCUUGAAGCAGGAACAGUUGCACGCCGCGCAGGUCGCCCUCGACGCGCAAGUCGCCAACGUGGACGAGCUCUGCCGCAGCCUGCAGUUCACAGAGGGCAUGUCGGAGACCGUCGCACCGUUUACGCAUCAAAUGGUGUCGUCGGCGACGGGUCUUCGGGACGUGAUUGGCACCAUGCGCGGUUCGCAGCUCAGACGAUGA